AUGGAAGUACAUAUGGACAUGGACAUAGACAUAGAUUUUAUCCACAACCUUCACUUCUCUCCAGACACCACCAACACCACCCCCUCUUCCGACGACGACUACGGUUGCAACUGGAACCACUGGUCACCCCUCGUCAACUGGGAUGCCUUCACCGGACCCCACGACGACUUCCACCACCUCAUCGACUCCAUCGUGUGCGACGCCGCUGCCCCCGAGUACCCCAGCCCCGACGACCACGGCGCCAGCAACUCCCCCUCCGCCUCCAUCACUGAGGAAGACGACGCCGAGGAAGAAACCGCCGCCGCCGACGAUUCCAAGGGUCUGAGACUCGUCCAUCUGCUCAUGGCCGCCGCGGAGGCCCUCACCGGCGCCACCAAGAGCCGCGACCUGGCUCGAGUGAUAUUGGUUCGGCUCAAGGAGUUGGUGUCCCACGCGGCGCACGGCUCCAACAUGGACAGGCUCGCCGCGUACUUCACCGACGCACUCCAGGGCCUGCUAGAAGGCGCCGGCGGUGCGCACAGUAACGGCAAACAUCAAUACUACAUGACGUGUGGGUCCCAUCACCCCCGCGACGAUCAUCAUCAUCAAAACGACACCCUGGCGGCGUUCCAACUGCUCCAGGACAUGUCUCCCUACGUCAAAUUCGGACACUUCACCGCCAACCAAGCCAUCCUCGAGGCCGUGGCCCACGAGCGCCGAGUCCACAUCGUAGACUACGACAUCAUGGAAGGGGUCCAGUGGGCCUCCCUCAUGCAGGCCCUCGCCUCCAACAAAACAGGCCCACCGGGCCCACACCUCCGAAUCACUGCAUUGUCCCGAACCGGCGCCGGACGCCGCUCCAUCGCCACCGUGCAGGAGACCGGCCGCCGAUUGACAGCAUUCGCCGCCUCCCUCGGCCAGCCGUUCUCGUUCCACCAGUGCAGGUUGGACCCCGAUGAAACGUUCAAAACUUCGUCUCUGAAGCUGGUUCGCGGAGAGGCGUUGAUCUUUAACUGCAUGCUAAACUUACCGCACCUGAGUUACCGCGCGCCCGAUUCCGUUGCGUCGUUUUUGAGUGGAGCGAAAGAGUUGAAGCCGAGGCUUGUGACUUUGGUGGAGGAGGAGGUAGGGUCUAGUGUGGGGGGCUUCGUGGGAAGGUUCAUGGACUCGCUGCAUCACUACUCCGCGGUGUUUGACUCGCUGGAGGCUGGGUUUCCGAUGCAGGGGCGGGCCAGGGCCCUUGUAGAGCGGGUUUUCUUCGGCCCAAAGAUAGUGGGCUCGUUGGCGCGGAUAUACCGGACAGGCGAAGAGCUGGAGGAGAGAGGGUCGUGGGGGGAGUGGUUGGGUGCGGCGGGGUUCAGGGGAGUUCCGAUGAGCUUCGCAAAUCAUUGCCAAGCGAAGCUUUUACUGGGUCUUUUCAACGACGGAUAUAGGGUGGAGGAGUUGGGGACUAAUAAGUUAGUGUUGGAUUGGAAAUCUCGGCGCUUGCUUUCUGCAUCACUUUGGACUUCUUCUUCCUCAGACACUCAUUAA